ACCUGCGCUCAUUUCCUGUCUAACCGUACAGGUGCAGCUGGACUUUGCACCAGGUUUUUUACUAAACAGGGACAUUUAGGAAAAAACGUGUUUUUUUGUUCUGGCAUGGGCAUAUAAAUGGUAGUUUACUGCAAUUAAUAAUGGAACAUUGAGGUUGGAACUACACAGAUUUUCUCAGGUGUGUGACAUCAGAAAAGAAGAAUGUUCAUGAAGGGCCCGACUUCCCCCUCGAGAGGUUUCUCAUCAGAAGUGUUCUCUCAGAUGACCGAUAUGUCUCGACCCAGUGCAAAAUCCAUCUAUAUGCAAAGGAAGGAAUAUUUGGAGAACAUAAACAGACACGGAGAUGCCUUUCAGUACAGAGUGGAGCACUUGUUUACAUGUGAGUUAAAUGGGAGGGAGGCGAGCAGCUCUGAUGACUGUGUGGCUAAGCUGAAGAGUCUGGAGAGCCGAGGGAAAGUGUGGGGUCAGGAUAUGAUCCUGCAGGUGCAGGGAGGCCACUUACAGCUGUGUGAUGUCGAAACAAAGGAAGUCCUGGAUUCACUUCCUCUUGGCAGCAUCUCACAGACAAAAGCGAUUCUGGACAGCUGUAUAUAUGACUCCCUCUUGAUGAUCACAGCUCAAGACAACAGCCGGAGGGCUCCACAUGUUUUUUUGUUCCAGUGUGAAGAAACUGGGGCAGAAGAAGUGAAAGCUGAUUUAGAGAGAGUGAUCCAGAACAGGGAUGAACUGCCAGGACUUCCACCAAGUGAACCACCAAUGGACAUCAGGAGUAAUCUGGAGAACAUAAUAAGUCAAGGUUAUUUGGGAGGGUUUCGCAGACCUGCCCCCCCUCCAGUGCAUUCCACAUCUCCUCCACCCAUGUAUCCUCCUCCUCAGUCCAACAGCUAUCAAGACUAUGAUGAUCACCAGCCUCCAAUGUUUCCACCUAGAGAGGAGAGCUAUCAUGCUCCAGAUAUCCAUGAACGACAAAAACCCAAUCCUUCUUCCAACUCCUUAGAUAAUGAGAGGAGUGUGGAAAUCUUUAACCAUGUUGUGGCUGACAUUGAGUUCUUUACUGGCAAAGUUGGAGCAGCUUUAGCUCAAGAGGAUGGAAAGAAGAAAAAGAAAAAAAAAGGCAAAAACACAAUAGUAUAUGGUAAAAACUUUCCAUCUAUAGAGGAAUUUGUGGCCUGUCUUCAAAAAUUUAAAUAUGGAUUUAAUCUCCUUGGGAAACUUAAUGGACACUUAACUAAUCCAGAUGCACCUGACUUCAUCCACAGUCUUUUCUCUUCCCUUGGUUUUCUGGUGAUGCAAUAUCCUCCAGAUGUGCCUCCUUCGGUUUUGAGUCCCUUUCUCACGGAACAAGCUCUGCAGCUCCUCAGCCAGGUGGUGAAUCCAAAGGAGUAUCAGCUUUGGAGCAAUUUAGGAGAUGCUUGGAAUAUUCCCAGAUCAAAUUGGCCAAAUGCAGAUCAGAUACCACCAUAUAUUCCAGAGUUUUAUGAUGGAUGGCAGCCGCCUGCACCACCUCCUCCCCAUUCAGGACCAACGAACCGUCCUCUGUCACGGAGCAACAGUCAGAGGUUUCCGGCUGAGAAUGACAUACACCAACGACCUGGACAGGAUAACAGGCCUUUUGGUUCUCCACCUGAACGCUCUGGAGAACCACGGCUCUGCAUGCGAGUGAUCUACGAUUUCACAGCCAGAAACCGUCAGGAGCUGAGCGUGAUGAAAGGUGACGUGGUGCAGGUGGUACACAAGUCCAGGCAAUGGUGGAUAGUGCGAAACAAUCGUGACGAGGAAGGCCAUGUGCCUCCAAAUGUUCUAGAACCCAUGAAUGGAGAAGCUCCAGGAAGAACGAAUCAAGCUCCAACUCUCGACAUGAACUCCAGCCCAGAGGAAGUCAGGACCUGGUUACAGUACAAGGGCUUUUCCAACUCGACGAUACGGAACCUAGGUAUGAUGAACGGAGCACUGCUUUUGGGGAUGAAGCGUGAUGAAAUACGAGCUGUGUGCCCUGAAGAAGGAGGUCGUGUUUUCUUCCAACUGCAGGCCAUUAGAUCAUCUAUGGCACUUGCUAGUGAAGCAGAUUAUAAUCACUACAAUGGCCGCUAAAACCUGACAUCAUGGGCUUUGGUGAGGUGUAGAUGCUGAUUGAUGGAUUCAUUCAAGAGAAUGGUAUAACGAUCGCAUGCUGCGUUUGUUGGUUUAUGAAAACAUGUUUAUGAUCUGAACAUAAGCAACAAAUGAAGUUAUUCUCCCAAUACAAUUUUAAAUAGGUGAUAAAAAUCUGUUAUGUUUGAUCCCGUUUUUAUCCUUUGUAUCAUCUAACACUUGUGGUAGAAGAACUAAUUUUGAAUAUUAAGUUAAUAUCGAAAGUAUAUAUGAUUAAAGCGUUAAAAGUCAUAUUUGUUGAACAUUUAUAGAUUCUCUGAUCCAGGUUAAUCUGUCCACAAAAAAGCAGAAAUUAUUCCAAGACCAACUGAUUGUGUAUAUAUAAUUUAUAUAUAUAUCUCCAUAUUGCUUGUCUCUUUGUUGUGUGUAUACAUGUUCCUCUUUAAUAUAUAGACCUGAAUUAUGAGACAUUAAUCAUCAAAAAAUAUGAUCCAUGACCUCUAGAAUGGUUUUGCAACUUCUGAUAAACCAAAUGACUGAACUUUGACCUGUUUAAAUGUUCAAAUAAAAAUUGCCUUUUCAAAACUG